ACCCAAGCCUAAAUCAAGAGAGAAAAGGGGGAUUCAAGGCUGUUCUUACCGAAAAAUGCCCAGAAAUUUCAAACCCACAAGUUGAAGCCGACGGACAGCAGAGGGAGGAAGACGCAGAUCUGGGAUUUUCUGGGUUCAACAGAUGUUCUAAGACAAGAAAAUAGGGAGAAAUCCCAAAGCUUUGCCUGAUUUCCGGUCGGAAAAUGGGUGGCGGUGGCUGGGGGGUUCGUUGGCUGCAGAGGGUCGGGGGAGAGGAAGAGCAGGGCAUGCAGACCCAACCGCCAACAGAACGCAGAGACAUGGUGGCUGGUAAGGUAAGAAUGGCGAUGGGGUUGCAGAAGUCGCCGGCAAAUUCAGACCAAAAUAACUCUCCCAAGCCGCCAUUGCCGUCACCGAGCUCGGCCGGGAAGAACAGUGCAGCCUCGCCUGCGGACGUCACGGAGCUACUCCGUCUGGUGGAGGAGUUGCGCGAUCGCGAGUCCAAGCUCAAGACCCAGCUUCUCGAGUUCAAGCUGUUGAAAGAAUCGGUUGCUAUAGUACCUGUACUGGAGAAUGAGAUUGACGUGAAAAAUGCGGAGCUGGAGGGAGUCUUGAAAGAGAAUGAGGAUUUGAAAUGUGAAAAGGAAGCAUUGGAAAAAGAGAUGGAAGAAAUGAAAAGAGAGAUUGAGGCCGAGAGAAAGGGAAGGGAACAGAAAAUGAGAGAACUAAAGGCGGAGGUAGCAGAGUUGGAAACAAGAAGAAAAGAAAGCGAAAAGAAACAGAGGGAAAUGGAAGCGGAAAUUGAAGAGACAGAGACGAACAGAAAGGAAAGCGAAAUAAAAAUAAAGGAAAUGGAAGCAGAGAUUGCAGAGCUAAAGAAAAUAGCAUCUGAAAAAGGCAGAGCAGAGAUGACACACCAGAGUUUGAGAAUUUGUAUCAAAACAAGCAAAUUAAGUGGCAAUGCAUCCAUUAUUGAAUUAUUCAUUUCUUACUUCUCUACCCAAGAUUUAUUGUCUGAAUUAUAUGUAUAAAAAAACCAUAUGGAUUAAAACUCAGAAAAUGCUACUUUGCAUUUGAGAACUGAUGUUUUGAUAUGUGUUUCAUAUGUUUGGAUCGUUAUGGAUAAUAAGGUAUGGCCUUGCUC